UUGGUUGUAGCAGUCGUAGCAGUAAAAUGAGUAGCAACAAGAACAUGAGUCGCCGCAUGAAAUGGAGCUUGGAGUCAUCAAAGAGCAAUCGGGUAGCUAUCAGUGGUGGAGACUUGGCCUGUCCCCCAGCCUACAGCACAUCCAGCUCAAUUUCAAACAGCGAAGUGACCAAAAAAACUGACACCAGUCACCUGAUCAAGAAGAAGUCAUGGGAAUUAGCUCUGGCCCCACUGAAGCAAGUCCCAAUGAACCUAUUCAUCAUGUACAUGGCUGGAAAUUCCAUAUCAAUAUUCCCCAUAAUGAUGGUUGGAAUGUUGUGCAUGAGGCCCAUUCAGGCUCUCUUCUCCAUCAAUAGCACCUUCAAAUUAGUUGAAGAUUCCAGUGCUGCUGCCCAAAAACUAGUCUAUCUUCUGGGAAAUUUUAUCAACAUUGGUCUAGCACUGUACAAGUGUCAGAGCAUGGGUCUUUUACCAACACAUUCCAGUGAUUGGCUCGCUUUCGUUGAGCCACAAACGCGUCAAGAGUAUCUAGGAGGUGGUAUAAUGCUAUCAUAGAAAUUUGAGAUUAUGGAAUUUAUUUAAUAAUAAAAUAGUAAUUUACAUAUGGAA